AUGACAUACAGUUCAACUUCUGAAAUUACUUUAGGUGAAGUUACCACUAAGGCGAAAACAGUAGAACCAAGCACUGAUACUACAUUGGAACCAGUUAGUACAAUGACAGCAGAGGAGAGAAGCACUGGUUCACCUCCAACACAAUCCCCUGGUGUGACUGUGACACCUGAAGUCACCACUAAGGCAAAAACAGAGGAACCAGGCACUGAUACUACAUUGGAACCAGUGAGUACAAUGACAACAGAGAAGAGAAGCACUGGUGUACCACCAACACUAUCCCCUGGUGUGACUGUUACACCUGAAGUCACUACUAAGACAAAAACAGAGGAACCAGGUACUGAUACUACAUUAGAACCAGUCAGUACAAUAACAGCAGAGAAGAGAAGCACGGGUACAACUCCAACACAACCCCCUGGCAUGACUAUGACAUACAGUCCAACUUCUGAAAUUUCUUCGCCUGAAUUAACCACUAAGGCAAAAACAGAAGAACCAGGCACUGACACUACAUUGAAACCAGCCAGUACAAUGACAUCAGAGGAGAGAAGCACUGGUUCACCUCCAACACAAUCCCCUGAGGCGACUAUGACAUACAGUUCAACUUCUGGAACUACUUCACCUGAAGUUACCACUAAAGCAAAAACAGAGAAACCUGGCACUGAUAUUACAUUGUUACCAGUGAGUACAAUAACAGCAGAGGAGAGAAGCACUGGUACUCCUCCAACACAACCCCCUGGUGUGACUGUGACAUACAGUUCAACUACUGGAAUUUCUUCGCCUGAAGUUACUACUAAAGCAAAAACAGAGGAACCAGGCACUGGAACUACAUUGGAACCACCCAGUACAAUGAUAGUAGAGGAGAAAAGCACUGCUGCACCUCCAACACAAUCCGUUGGUGCGUCUGUGACACCUGAAGUUACCACUAAGGCAAAAACAGUAGAACCAGGCACUGAUACUACAUUGGAACCAGCCAGUACAAUGACAGCAGAGAGAAGCACUGGUUCACCUCAAACACAAUCCGUUGGUGCGUCUGUGACACCUGAAGUUACCACUAAGGCAAAAACAGUAGAACCUGGCACUGAUACUACAUUGGAACCAGCCAGUACAAUGACAGCAGAGAGAAGCGCUGGUACACCUCCGACACAAUCCCCUGGUGUGACUGUGACAUCUGAAGUUACCACUAAGACAAAAACAGAGGAACCAGGCAUUGACACUACAUUGGUACCAGUGAGUACAAUAACAGCUAAGUGGAGAAGCACGGGUACAACUCCAACACAACCCCCUGGUGUGACUAUGACAUACAGUUCAACCUCUGAAAUUUCUUCGCUUGAAGUUACUACUAAAGCAAAAACAGAGGAACCAGGCACUGGAACUACAUUGGAACCACCCAGUACAAUGAUAGUAGAGGAGAAAAGCACUGCUGCACCUCCAACGCAAUCCGUUGGUGCGUCUGUGACACCUGAAGUUACCACUAAGGCAAAAACAGAGGAACCAGGCACUGAUACUACAUUGGAACCAGUGAGUACAAUGACAACAGCAGAGAGAAGCACUGGUGUACCACCAACACUAUCCCCUGGUGUGACUGUUACACCUGAAGUCACUACUAAGACAAAAACAGAGGAACCAGGCACUGUUACUACAUUAGAACCAUUCAGUACAAUAACAGCAGAGAAGAGAAGCACGGGUACAACUCCAUCACAACCCCCUGGCAUGACUAUGACAUACAGUUCAACUUCUGAAAUUUCUUCGCCUGAAUUAACCACUAAGGCAAAAACAGAGGAACCAGGCACUGACACUACAUUGGAACCAGCCAGUACAAUGACAUCAGAGGAGAGAAGCACUGGUAUACCUCCAACACAAUCCCCUGAGGCGACUAUGACAUACAGUUCAACUUCUGGAACUACUUCACCUGAAGUUACCACUAAAGCAAACACAGAGAAACCUGGCACUGAUACUACAUUGGUACCAGUGAGUACAAUAACAGCAGUGGAGAGAAGCACUGGUACCCCUCCAACACAACCCCCUGGUGUGACUAUGACAUACAGUUCAACUGCUGGAAUUUCUUCGCCUGAAGUUACUACUAAAGCAAGAACAGAGGAACGUGGCACUGGCACUACAUUGGAACCAGUCAGUACAAUGAUAGUAGAGGAGAGAAGCACUGGUGUACCACCAACACUAUCCCCUGGUGUGACUGUUACACCUGAAGUCACUACUAAGACAAAAACAGAGGAACCAGGCACUGAUACUACAUUAGAACCAGUCAGUACAAUAACAGCAGAGAAGAGAAGUACGGGUACAACUUCAACACAACCCCCUGGCAUGACUAUGACAUACAGUUCAACUUCUGAAAUUACUUUAGGUGAAGUUACCACUAAGGCGAAAACAGUAGAACCAAGCACUGAUACUACAUUGGAACCAGUUAGUACAAUGACAGCAGAGGAGAGAAGCACUGGUUCACCUCCAACACAAUCCCCUGGUGUGACUGUGACACCUGAAGUCACCACUAAGGCAAAAACAGAGGAACCAGGCACUGAUACUACAUUGGAACCAGUGAGUACAAUGACAACAGAGAAGAGAAGCACUGGUGUACCACCAACACUAUCCCCUGGUGUGACUGUUACACCUGAAGUCACUACUAAGACAAAAACAGAGGAACCAGGUACUGAUACUACAUUAGAACCAGUCAGUACAAUAACAGCAGAGAAGAGAAGCAUGGGUACAACUCCAACACAACCCCCUGGCAUGACUAUGACAUACAGUCCAACUUCUGAAAUUUCUUCGCCUGAAUUAACCACUAAGGCAAAAACAGAAGAACCAGGCACUGACACUACAUUGAAACCAGCCAGUACAAUGACAUCAGAGGAGAGAAGCACUGGUUCACCUCCAACACAAUCCCCUGAGGCGACUAUGACAUACAGUUCAACUUCUGGAACUACUUCACCUGAAGUUACCACUAAAGCAAAAACAGAGAAACCUGGCACUGAUAUUACAUUGUUACCAGUGAGUACAAUAACAGCAGAGGAGAAAAGCACUGGUACUCCUCCAACACAACCCCCUGGUGUGACUGUGACAUACAGUUCAACUACUGGAAUUUCUUCGCCUGAAGUUACUACUAAAGCAAAAACAGAGGAACCAGGCACUGGAACUACAUUGGAACCACCCAGUACAAUGAUAAUAGAGGAGAAAAGCACUGCUGCACCUCCAACACAAUCCGUUGGUGCGUCUGUGACACCUGAAGUUACCACUAAGGCAAAAACAGUAGAACCAGGCACUGAUACUACAUUGGAACCAGCCAGUACAAUGACAGCAGAGAGAAGCACUGGUUCACCUCAAACACAAUCCGUUGGUGCGUCUGUGACACCUGAAGUUACCACUAAGGCAAAAACAGUAGAACCUGGCACUGAUACUACAUUGGAACCAGCCAGUACAAUGACAGCAGAGAGAAGCGCUGGUACACCUCCGACACAAUCCCCUGGUGUGACUGUGACAUCUGAAGUUACCACUAAGACAAAAACAGAGGAACCAGGCAUUGACACUACAUUGGUACCAGUGAGUACAAUAACAGCUAAGUGGAGAAGCACGGGUACAACUCCAACACAACCCCCUGGUGUGACUAUGACAUACAGUUCAACCUCUGAAAUUUCUUCGCUUGAAGUUACUACUAAAGCAAAAACAGAGGAACCAGGCACUGGAACUACAUUGGAACCACCCAGUACAAUGAUAGUAGAGGAGAAAAGCACUGCUGCACCUCCAACACAAUCCGUUGGUGCGUCUGUGACACCUGAAGUUACCACUAAGGCAAAAACAGAGGAACCAGGCACUGAUACUACAUUGGAACCAGUGAGUACAAUGACAACAGCAGAGAGAAGCACUGGUGUACCACCAACACUAUCCCCUGGUGUGACUGUUACACCUGAAGUCACUACUAAGACAAAAACAGAGGAACCAGGCACUGUUACUACAUUAGAACCAUUCAGUACAAUAACAGCAGAGAAGAGAAGCACGGGUACAACUCCAUCACAACCCCCUGGCAUGACUGUGACAUACAGUUCAACUUCUGAAAUUUCUUCGCCUGAAGUUACUACUAAAGCAAAAACAGAAGAACCAGGCACUGGAACUACAUUGGAACCACCCAGUACAAUGAUAGUAGAGGAGAAAAGCACUGGUGCACCUCCAACACAAUCCGUUGGUGCGUCUGUGACACCUGAAGUUACCACUAAGGCAAAAACAGUAGAACCAAGUACUGAUACUACAUUGGAACCAGCUAGUACAAUGACAGCAGAGAGAAGCACUGGUUCACCUCCAACACAAUCCCCUGGUGUGACUGUGACACCUGAAGUUACCACUAAGGCAAAAACAGAGGAACCAGGCACUGAUACUACAUUGGAACCAGUCAGUACAAUAACAGCAGAGAAGAGAAGUACGGGUACAACUCCAACACAACCCCCUGGCAUGACUAUGACACUCAGUUCAACUUCUGAAAUUACUUCAGCUGAAGUUACCACUAAGGCAAAAACAGUAGAACCAAGCACUGAUACUACAUUGGAACCAGCUAGUACAAUGACAGCAGAGGAGAGAAGCACUGGUUCACCUCCAACACAAUCCCCUGGUGUGACUGUGACACCUGAAGUUACCACUAAGGCAAAAACAGAGGAACCAGGCACUGAUACUACAUUGGAACCAGUGAGUACAAUGACAACAGAGAAGAGAAGCACUGGUGUACCACCAACACUAUCCCCUGGUGUGACUGUUACACCUGAAGUCACUACUAAGACAAAAACAGAGGAACCAGGUACUGAUACUACAUUAGAACCAGUCAGUACAAUAACAGCAGAGAAGAGAAGCACGGGUACAACUCCAACACAACCCCCUGGCAUGACUAUGACAUACAGUCCAACUUCUGAAGUUUCUUCGCCUGAAUUAACCACUAAGGCAAAAACAGAAGAACCAGGCACUGACACUACAUUGAAACCAGCCAGUACAAUGACAUCAGAGGAGAGAAGCACUGGUUCACCUCCAACACAAUCCCCUGAGGCGACUAUGACAUACAGUUCAACUUCUGGAACUACUUCACCUGAAGUUACCACUAAAGCAAAAACAGAGAAACCUGGCACUGAUAUUACAUUGUUACCAGUGAGUACAAUAACAGCAGAGGAGAGAAGCACUGGUACUCCUCCAACACAACCCCCUGGUGUGACUGUGACAUACAGUUCAACUACUGGAAUUUCUUCGCCUGAAGUUACUACUAAAGCAAAAACAGAGGAACCAGGCACUGGAACUACAUUGGAACCACCCAGUACAAUGAUAGUAGAGGAGAAAAGCACUGGUGCACCUCCAACACAAUCCGUUGGUGCGUCUGUGACACCUGAAGUUACCACUAAGGCAAAAACAGUAGAACCAAGUACUGAUACUACAUUGGAACCAGCUAGUACAAUGACAGCAGAGAGAAGCACUGGUUCACCUCCAACACAAUCCCCUGGUGUGACUGUGACACCUGAAGUUACCACUAAGGCAAAAACAGAGGAACCAGGCACUGAUACUACAUUGGAACCAGUCAGUACAAUAACAGAAGAGAAGAGAAGUACGGGUACAACUCCAACACAACCCCCUGGCAUGACUAUGACACACAGUUCAACUUCUGAAAUUACUUCAGCUGAAGUUACCACUAAGGCAAAAACAGUAGAACCAAGCACUGAUACUACAUCGGAACCAGCUAGUACAAUGACAGCAGAGGAGAGAAGCACUGGUGUACCACCAACACUAUCCCCUGGUGUGACUGUUACACCUGAAGUCACUACUAAGACAAAAACAGAGGAACCAGGUACUGAUACUACAUUAGAACCAGUCAGUACAAUGACAACAGAGAAGAGAAGCACUGGUGUACCACCAACACUAUCCCCUGGUGUGACUGUUACACCUGAAGUCACUACUAAGACAAAAACAGAGGAACCAGGUACUGAUACUACAUUAGAACCAGUCAGUACAAUAACAGCAGAGAAGAGAAGCACGGGUACAACUCCAACACAACCCCCUGGCAUGACUAUGACAUACAGUCCAACUUCUGAAAUUUCUUCGCCUGAAUUAACCACUAAGGCAAAAACAGAAGAACCAGGCACUGACACUACAUUGAAACCAGCCAGUACAAUGACAUCAGAGGAGAGAAGCACUGGUUCACCUCCAACACAAUCCGUUGGUGCGUCUGUGACACCUGAAGUUACCACUAAGGCAAAAACAGUAGAACCAGGCACUGAUACUACAUUGGAACCAGCCAGUACAAUGACAGCAGAGAGAAGCACUGGUUUACCUCAAACACAAUCCGUUGGUGCGUCUGUGACACCUGAAGUUACCACUAAGGCAAAAACAGUAGAACCUGGCACUGAUACUACAUUGGAACCAGCCAGUACAAUGACAGCAGAGAGAAGCGCUGGUCCACCUCCGACACAAUCCCCUGGUGUGACUGUGACAUCUGAAGUUACCACUAAGACAAAAACAGAGGAACCAGGCAUUGACACUACAUUGGUACCAGUGAGUACAAUAACAGCUAAGUGGAGAAGCACGGGUACAACUCCAACACAACCCCCUGGUGUGACUAUGACAUACGGUUCAACUUCUGAAAUUUCUUCGCCUGAAGUUACUACUAAAGCAAAAACAGAGGAACCAGGCACUGGAACUACAUUGGAACCACCCAGUACAAUGAUAGUAGAGGAGAAAAGCACUGGUGCACCUCCAACACAAUCCCCUGGUGUGACUGUGACACCUGAAGUUACAACUAAGACAAAAACAGAGGAACCAGGCACUGAUACUACAUUGGAAGCAGUCAGUACUGGUACACCGCCAACACAAUUCCCUGGUGUUACUAUGACAUACAGUUCAACUACUGGUAUUAUUUUACCUGAAGUUACCACAAAGGCAAAAACAGUUGAACCAGGCACUGAUACUACAUUACAACCAGCGAGUACUGGUACAACUCCAACACAAUCCUCUGGUGUGACUAUGACAUACAGUUCAACUACUGGAAUUACUUCAGCUGAUGUUACCACUAAGGCAAAAACAGUAGAAGCAGGCAUUGAUACUACAUUGGAACCAACCAGUACAAUGACGGCAGAGGAGAGAAGCACUGGUUCACCUCCAACACAAUCCCCUAGUGUGACUGUGACACCUGACGUUACAACUAAAACGAAAACAAAGGAACCAGGCACUGAUACUACAUUGGAACCAGCUAGUACAAUGACAGCAGAGGAGAGAAGCACUGGUGUACCACCAACACAAUCCCCUGGUGUGACUGUUACACCUGAAGUUACCACUAAGACAAAAACAGAGGAACCAGGCACUGAUACUACAUUUAGAACCAGUCAGUACAAUAACAGCAGAGAAGAGACGCACGGGUACAACUCCAACACAACCCCCUGGCAUGACUAUGACAUACAGUCCAACUUCUGA